UUUUAAGCUUUUUUUCUUGUGCCUUAUUUCACUUAUCUCCUAGUGAAAAUGCCUUGAAUUGAUCACCCUCCUCAGGAGACAUCUACAUUUCUUGAGAUAUGUUUUAGUGUAUGUUUACAGAGUAAGAUAUAAUUUACAGUGGAAUAUAUGUAUAUUUUUUUAGUAUAACUAAUGUGUGUCUAUAGUAUGUCACUGUCAUGGUGCAAGGAAACAUUUUGUUAACCCUCUGAUUAGUCCUGGCAUGGGGGUUAUCAAUUUACAGAGCCAACAUUUACUUGGUUGCUAACUGGAGAAGGAGGCUUAUUAGAGAGGAGGGGCUCAUUGAAAAUUUACUGAACACCAAAAUGUCAAAGAUUAUUUUUUUUGAGGAGGUUGGUUAGGCCAGGAAAAGGGGGAGGAGGGGUGUUCCUAUCACACACCCUCACUAAGAAGAAAAAAGGGAUACCUAUUUUGUUUAAAAUGUCAGUUUUUGGCAAAAGGUUGUGAUAGUAUUGAAAUUGAGGAAAAGUUUUGAAUUAAAAUUCGGAACUGUUGAACAAAAUGAGUUUUUGUAUUUAAUUGUUUAAAAUUUUCAAUGCUAUAACAAAUCAACUGUAUUUCAAUAUUCUGUUGGGAUUAAAGGCAGAGGAGGAAUUUUUUUUUUCUCUCGAUAGUCCUCUAACUAGGAGAUGAGGCAGGGUAAGGGAUUUGACAGGCAUAGGUGCUAAUGUGAUCAGAAGUUAUGUUAUUAAGCUAUUUUGUUCUUACUUGUUCGAGUGCUCCUUAUUGCAAUGAUACCAUUCUAGAUGUAUUUGAAGACAUCAGUAAAAAUGUAAAAAAAGGAAAGACUGAGGAGUCUGAGGAACUAGAAGAUGACAAGGAAAGCAAAGAGACUGCUGAAGUACACCAGAAACUGUUUGAGAAAGAUGGUGAUGGAGAAGGUGGUGAACCUGAGACAGAAGAAGAUAUUGAAACCCCUCUCCCUGAUCUCAUGAAUUUAAAUUUUUACUUUGAACAAGCUGGAAUAGGAUUGAGCCGUGAAGAAAUGUUUAGAGUAUUUCUCGCAUUAAAGCAGCUGGUGGAUACUAAACCAUUACAAAUGGUUCGUUUUUGGGGUAAAGUGCUUGGUAUUGAGUCAAAUUAUUAUGUGGCAGAGGUAGAAUACAGGGAAGGAGAAGAAGAGGAGGAUGAAGAAGAAGAAGAACAGGGUGAGGGUGAAGGAGAUGAACAGGCAAAGGAGGAGGAUAAAGGUGAAGAAGAUGAUGAAGGUGGUGAAGAAGAUGAUACACCCAAACCAGAGUGGAAACCGCCCCCAGUUAUACCUAAAGAGGAAAACAGAACUGGCACUAACAAGAGAACUUUCUUUGUUACAACUGAUCCUGGUAAACCUUGGAUAAAACUUCCAGCUGUGACCCCUGCACAAAUAGUAGCUGCAAGAUGUAUUAAAAAAUUCUUUACAGGAAGACUGGAUGCUCCGAUUGUGAGUUAUCCACCUUUCCCAGGAAAUGAAAUGAAUUAUCUGAGAGCACAGAUUGCUCGCAUUUCAGCUGGAACACAAGUUAGCCCUGCAGGGUACUACAUGUUUGAAGAAGAGGAGGAGGAGGAAGAUGAAGGAGAAGUGCGUGACUCUUACAUGUUGAAUGUUGACUUUGAGGGUAUAAGUGUGAGAGAACUUGCAGAUCCAUCACUUCAUAACUGGGUGCAUCAUGUACAGCAUAUAUUACCACAGGGUCGCUGUGUUUGGCACAAUCCUGUUGAAAAACCUGAAGAUGAUUUUGAAGAGGAAGAAGAGGAAGAUGAAAAGGAAGACAUAGAGGAACCAAAACCAGAAUCAGGGCCGCAGUUAUUGACCUCCAUUGCAGAGGAUGAUGCUGUUAAUGGGAUGCCGGCGUGGACUCCUAACAUGUCGUCAGAGUUACUACCUCAGUAUGGCCUCGCUAUCAUGCGCUCCAACAGGUGGCCUGGUGCAGUGGCUUUUGCCAAAGACAGGAAAUUCGAAAAUUUAUAUGUUGGAUGGGGACACAAAUUUGAUGCGGACAACUACACCCCGCCCCCACCCCCUGCUGCCAUGGAGGAGUACCCUGUGGUACCGGAAGUAACAGAGGUGGAUGACCCAACAGUAGAGGAGGAGAGAGCACUGAAGAAGGCGCAGGAGGAGGCUAUGGAGGCUGCAGAGGAUAUGGAUGAUGUAGAUGAUGACGAGGAUGACGACGAUUAGGAAACUUUACUCAAAUAUCACAAUUACUAUUUAUCUUUUAGACAAGACUUGAUAUUAACCAAGAAUUGCCAACCUACCAGAUUUUUGAAAAUACAAUUGACGAUUUAUGAUGUAUAUAGUUUGAUCUCUCCUUGAAGAAUAAAGGGUUGUUUCCUGUUUU